GGAAACACUGUGAACGCUACUGUACUUGGACUCGUUCAUAAGAGAAACAUAGAACUUGUGACUUACGCCGCUGACGCACGGAGAGAAGAACAAACACAGCAGUUAAUCUGUGAAUAUCAACCUGAACAGGAUUUCACACGUCUUCUAUGCACCUGAGAAGAAGCCCCGAUGCUCCAUCAUGGACCAGGUACUUCCCAGCCGGACCUCACCUUCAGGCCUGCUGGAACCAGACAGUGAGGAGCUCCAGCUCAGAGUGGACUCCUUCAGGAAACUGGGUUAUUCUUCAGAGGAGGUCAGGUCUGCUCUGAGGAAGGUGGGGCUCAGCACGGACACCAACUCAGUGCUCGGAGAGCUGGUGAGGAGCAGGACCAGCACUGUGCCCAGCUCUGAUGGUGACGAGAGGAGAACAGGACCAAAGGAUGCUCUCUUGCCUCCCAGCUGGGUCCAUGGAUCCAGAAUCACACCGCAACCGGGUCACCAAAAGAACAUGGAAGCAGAAUUGAGGCCUGUGGUUAUUGACGGCAGCAAUGUUGCCAUGAGUCAUGGCAACAAGGAAGUGUUCUCCUGCCGAGGAAUCCAGCUGGCAGUGAAUUACUUCCUGGACCGAGGUCAUAGUACCAUUACUGUGUUUGUUCCGUCUUGGCGCAAAGAGCAGCCCAGACCUGACGCCCCCAUCACAGAUCAACACAUUCUCAUGGAGCUGGAAAAGCGUAAAAUCGUGGUCUUCACUCCCUCGCGCCGAGUCGGGGGUAAGAGGGUGGUUUGCUACGAUGACCGCUUCAUUGUCAAGCUGGCAUACGAGUCGGACGGAGUGAUUGUAUCUAACGACACCUAUCGGGACCUCCAAGGAGAAAGACCCGAGUGGAAGAAAUGCAUAGAGGAGAGACUCCUCAUGUACUCCUUUGUGAAUGACAAGUUCAUGCCCCCAGAUGACCCUCUGGGUCGCCACGGCCCCAGUCUUGACAACUUCCUCAGGAAAAAGCCUCUGCUUACAGAGCAGAAGCGACAGCUCUGUCCAUAUGACAAAAAGUGCACAUAUGGCAUCAAAUGCAAGUUUUACCAUCCGGAGCGAGUAAACCAGUCCUACCUCUCUUUGGCUGAUGAACUGAGAGAGAAAGCCCAGAUGUCUUCGUCAAAAGAAGAGAAGAAUGCCAGAUCAUCACCCAGACAGGUUCAGAUUGAUACUGGGCCUGGUCCUAAUGCAAGUUCCCAUCCCCGAGACUCGAAAGCAGAUCUCAGUGGUGAUGGGCAAAGUUCUUGCAUUAGUCGCAUUAGUGAAAAUCAAAUGUACUGGGAGGACCCAAGAAACGGUUCAAAUCUCAUGCCAUUAGGUCUGUCAUCAGUGCCCAAUCAUCGCUAUGGCAACAUCUCUCAUGAGUACCUGGAUUCUGGCUUUGGCUCUUUUGAGAGCCAGUACUCUGAUCACUCACACUGUCUCGGCAACUCCCUCAGGCCCACGUCCCAGCAGCAACCUGUGCAUUUAGGGAAAAAUGACAGCAGCCACUCGUGUAGAGGCUGUUCCCAUGCAGCUCCCUCAACAGCUCACCCACAACGACACAGAAACCUGGACUAUCCUCCCAUGUUCCCACCAAGCGUGCCACAACAACACAGUCUCCCCAGCCAUCUCCACUAUAGUGGAGCCCUCCAUCCUCAGCAAAAUUACUGGUCAGAUCCCUUCCAGGGGAUUCCCCAAUCCAAGACAUCAUGUCAUCUCCCAUCUUCACACUCCCACAACUCCUGCUCUUGCUCCUACAGAGGCCAUGAGUACCACUCCUGGGGCCAACAGCAGCCAUCUUCUGCUGUUUUCGACCCAGAAAGGAUGGAGCUCCGCAAGAAACUGCAAGCCAUUUUCAACCCGCAUCAGGUGGACACGGUGAUGGAGAUGUUCCCACAUCUGAUGGAUGCGGAGAAACUGGCCGCAAACAUUCUGAACCUGAAGGCGCAGGGAGGAAUAUUCUGAUGAUUUUCAUUCCUCUUCUGCCCUCUUGAGACAUUAUUAGCACCUAGGCUAACCUGAGAAACUUCUACUGUCUUUAGCCGAAUGAUUAAGGCCUGGGUCAGACCUUAUAUGUGUGCAUGCCAGCAGAGGCUCAUUAUGGUCCAUGUGACAUAAGUGUCGUGACUGACUGCACAUUCUUCCUGUAACACAACCCUCUCCUGUUUAGUGGGUGACACUCUCUUUUGUUGUUGUUGUGGUUGUUGUUCAAAAGAGACAACAAAGAAGACAAUAACCAUGGAUGCUUCCUUGAGGUUAUGCGAGAAGUUCCUCUGGCGAGUGGAUCAGUCCAAAUAUUGAUAGUACUGAUCCCAACGUUGGUAUUGGAAUUUUACUAUAAAAGAAUGAGUAAAGCUGGUGUAAAAGUGCAAUGAAAGCUCAUUUCGGAAAAAACUAAAAGUCAUUCUUCUCCACUUAAAAUUUUUCUGAUAAUUUUGAAAAUUACAGUAAUACAUAUUUUUCUGAAAAAGAAAAAAAAACAAAAAACUGGCACUUAAUGACUUUUUAAAAGUGGCGGCUUUGAUUGAUGUGUUGGACGUCGCACUCAUGACUCUCCCAGGGGCCGUCAGUCUGUUGACGUCAC